AUGGACAAAGAAGGUUAUGGUGAUAGGAUGGAGUUGGAGGACGGAAGGCAUGCCAUAAUGCUGGAGAAUCUCUUCUAUCUUCUCUGCGGACUGGACGCCACCCACAUGAAGGUGGGAGUAAAGGAUAAGCAGUAUGCAGUGGUUGCUGAUCCAACAUAUCCCCCACAGCUUGUUUUCCCAUUUGAGUCACUGGCAGUUAAUGUAAGAGUUCUCAGCAAGUUUGUACUGAAGUCGCAGUACUCCUCUGACACGAUCAGGGAAAUAGUGGGAGACUGCUUUGAGUCAAAGGUUAGCAGAUAUCUGGGGGACCUGAUGGCCCUAAGGAAGCAGAUUGGAGACCUUGAGGCGCUUGUGGUAAGCCUGAGAGGCUGGAUUGAGGAGUUUGAGGAAAUGAGAGAGAUAGUGGACGAGAUCAGAAAUAUAUCGGGAGUGAAGAUACUGAACCAUCUCAAGAAAAGAAGAGACAAGACCGUCCGCUUUCUGGGUCUUUAUGACGAGCUCAUCCAUCCUUGCAAGCAGAAGAUAAAGGAGGAAGUGAGCAGCUGGAUUACAGAAGGAUUGAUACCAGGUAGCGGGUUUAUGGUGAGAAAGAGCGAUUCGUUGGGCGGAUUCACAGAAUGUGUCUGGGCCGAUUGCUAUACGAUUGUUGAGGAAAAUGUCCCAUACUUCUUGGAAGAGGAUAAGAGACUUAUCUACAACUGCGGGAGGGUGAUCAACCUUGGAAAGAGGAUCCUCGGAAGAAACAUAUUCCAUGGGUCCACCAAGGAAUACAAAGACCUGGGAUUAACAUCGCUGAGUGCCUAUCUAAGCACUCAGCUUAUGGAAUCCCUAAGGCAUGAUGUUGCAAAGGAGCUUGAUGUGAUGCAUCGGUAUCUGCUGAUGAACGAGUCGUCUCUGUACCUGGACAUAUUUGAGGAACUGGGGGACGAGAUGUUUUCUCCCAGCGAAAGAACGAUUGCCAAGAUGAAUGCCAUCAAGGAAUCAAGGCAUGUGAGGGGCCUUUUCUUUAGGAAGUCCGACACCGCGAUCAACGAGUACAUUCUUCAGAUCCUGAAUGUCCAGAUGCAGCCCCGGCAGAGAGUGCGCCUUACGAUGCUGCAGACCCUGACUGUUGAGUACAGUCCGUGCAUCUUAGGAAACUUCCUGGCGCCAAGGACGGUAUCGGAGCUCGAAAUCAUCUUCAGGUUCCUUUUUACUCUUACGGCCCUGUCGUACUACAUGGGCAAGUUCAAGAAAUUCCGGUUUGCUCGGAUGGUCACGGCGGUGAUUGAUAAAUUCAGGUUUUCGAUCCACUCAAAGAUGAGACCCAUGGGGGUAGAGAAAGAUAUGGACCAUGUGCGAGACACCCUGCUUGCCAACAUAAAGAGAUGGCUUCGGGACUUGUAUCUAACAAGUGAAAAGGCAUACUAUGCAUGGAGCGGCUUCUUCGACCUCUGCUUUGACUUUCUAGACGUCGAGUGCAAGUCAGCACUGGACCAAAGAGAGAUAAAGUCAUUUGAAGACAAGCUGUUUGAAAGCAUAGCGUGUCUUAAAGAUGUAUUGGAGGCCACUGACCACAAUGAUUUGUUUAUCCACUUUCUUAGUGGGACCAGAUGGGCAAAGGUACAUGGUAUCUCCAUGUAG